AUGAAACAAUCAAAUGUUUCAUUUACAAAAUUGUCAAAUGGUAUUUUGGUGAACAAAACAGUUUUGGAUUUUAAUGAAGAAAUUGCAGAACUACCGAUUGGCGAAAGUACCCGACAAUUAAUUUGUAUUGGCAAUGCAAACAAAAAUCCAUAUAAGAUACAAUUUUCAAUAAAAGAAGAAGAGACAAAAUUCACACUGAAAAUAAAUCCCGAACUUAUUGUUUUAAAACACGGAGAAGCUUGUGAAUUUGAAAUAUUACUCGUACCAAAUUAUACCACUAAAAUUGACAGUAAAAUGGUAGUUAUAGCAAAGAGUCUCAAAGUUCAAAAGGAGAUUUAUAAUGAUAUCAAAAUUGAAGGGAAUGCCGCUCUUUCAACAAGACUUGACCCAACUGAACUAAUUGAUAACGAAAAAGUUGGUGAAGGCAGUUUUGGAGUUGUUUAUAAAGGCACUUUCAGAGGCAAUUUAGUUGCAAUUAAAAAGCUUAAAAAUAUUUCAAAUGAAGAAAAUGUCCUCGACGAAUUUACAAAAGAAAUUGAAAUGCUUGAUAAAUUUAGAUGUGAUUAUAUUGUUCAUUUUUACGGCGCCGUUUUUAUUAUUAACAAAAUGUCUAUGGUCACAGAAUUUGCAAAAUAUGGAAGUUUAAAAGAUUUGAUACAGAAAGAGUCGGGUAAUUUUGUUACCACACAGAUGCGUUCAAAAUUCAUGUUAGACGCCUCGAGAGGACUUAUGUAUUUACACACAAACGGCAUAUUACAUAGAGACAUAAAAACUGAUAAUAUCUUAAUCUUUUCAAUAGAAAGCGGAAUGGUAAACGCUAAACUGACUGAUUUUGGAGCGUCGAGAAACAUCAAUUUGUUGAUGACUAACAUGACUUUCACAAAAGGUAUUGGUACACCAAAGUACAUGGCGCCUGAAGUACUAUCAAGAGAACAUUAUAAAAAGUCUGCAGAUAUAUUCUCACUUGGUGUAACGAUGUUGGAAUGCUUUAAAUGGGGAGAAGUCUAUCCGAAGAGUGAAUUUAAGUUUGCAUGGGAUAUAGUCAAUUUUGUGACAAAUGGAAAACGAAUUAAAAAUGACGGAACUGUCAGAAAGGACAUUUUUAAUAUCAUCCAAAAUUGUUGGUGUCAAGACCAAAAAGAUAGAAUAAGUGCAGAAAACGUUGUGAAUGCUUUACAAACAUUGGUGUUUUAA